AAUUGGGUUUACACAGAAAUUUAUUCCAAAGACCAUUGACCAGCUAACCAAUAGGGCAACCACGGUUUAUUACUACAGUUCUUGAAUGUUACAUCCUAUUGACUGGCCCAUCUGUAAUUGUUCUGGAUACUUGUUGAAGUAGCAGAAAACACAUUUUGGCAACUGGAAUCCAGAUCCACAGAUUCAACAGUUGAAACAUCAGACAACAAUUUGUGAAGAAAGCCGUGAAGUCAUGGAUAAGGACAACAUGAGCCUAGCUGACCAGCAGUAUGAAUGUGUGGCGGAAAUUGGUGAAGGAGCCUAUGGGAAAGUGUUCAAGGCCCGAGACUUGAAGAAUGGAGGGCGCUUUGUAGCUCUGAAGAGGGUGCGGGUGCAGACCAGCGAGGAAGGGAUGCCACUUUCCACUAUACGCGAGGUGGCAGUCUUGAAGCAUCUGGAAACAUUUGAGCAUCCCAACGUGGUCAGAUUAUUUGAUGUAUGCACAGUAUCCCGAACUGAACGAGAGACGAAAUUAACACUGGUGUUUGAACAUGUUGAUCAAGACUUGACCACUUACUUGAAUAAAGUUCCAGAGCCUGGAGUUCCUAGUGAAACUAUAAAGGAUAUGAUGUUUCAGCUGCUGCGAGGCCUUGAUUUUCUACAUUCACACAGAGUGGUCCACCGUGAUUUAAAGCCCCAAAACAUUCUAGUCACCAGCAGUGGACAAAUAAAAUUAGCUGACUUUGGCCUUGCACGAAUCUACAGUUUUCAGAUGGCUCUUACUUCUGUGGUUGUUACUUUGUGGUACAGAGCUCCUGAAGUUCUGCUUCAAUCCAGUUAUGCAACACCAGUUGAUCUUUGGAGUGUAGGUUGCAUAUUUGCAGAAAUGUUCCGUCGCAAGCCGCUUUUCCGUGGAAACUCUGAUGUUGAUCAGCUAGGAAAAAUCUUUGAAGUAGUUGGUCUUCCUGAAGAAGAAGAUUGGCCUAUUGAUGUUGCCCUCCCAAGGAAUGCUUUUGCUUCUCAAUCCCCACAGCCCAUUGAACUUCUUGUAACAGAUAUUGAUGAACUGGGCAAAGACUUGCUGCUUAAAUGUCUGACAUUCAAUCCUAUGAAGAGAAUAUCAGCUUAUGAUGCCUUAGCCCAUCCUUACUUCCAUGACUUGGAGAAAUGCAAAGAGAAUGCAGAUUCUGAUGUGUCCUCCAGUCAAAACUCCACAGAGAUGAAUUCACUGUAAGGCUUUAUCAGGCUAACCUAAGGAGAAACAAAGCUUGAUAAGAUCACUGUUAAAGGUAAAAAGCAUCAUUGUAUGUCUGAAAACGUUCUUGAAGACUUCAUGUAAUUAUGUAGUUCUUCAAAAUGAUGCUCUGCCUCUCCAAGGGAAAAAAACACAGUUAGGCAUGUCAAUACAGUGCAAAAUACAAAAACUUUAUAGCUUGGUAUUUGUCUGGAAAUCUUCAGGAUGAAGAAGCUGUUGAUCACUUUUGCUGCCUUUUUCUUCUAGCGUUGAACGAUGCCACCAUGGAUUAGAAGAAUUCAGAGUCUCUGCCAAAAUAUGACUUGAUUUCUGUUUCUGGGUGCUGAAGUUUGAUGUGCCUCUCUCCUCUGGGAGUUAUGGUGGUAGUUUGUUUAGCUGUUUAUUUUCUUGAUCUUGAAUUCAGAAAUAUUGUUGAAGUAAUAUUUAAAAGGGUGACAUUGAACUAUUGAUUCUUUCUACCCUAAA